GUCACCCAAGACGACACAUGUUUGGGGUCAUUUUGAUUUGAGGUGCGUUUAGACAGAAGACAUUAGGUCACCUUUAGUUCUCUUCUCUCGCGCAAUUUCCAUCUGGUUCACGACACCUAAACAUUGCAUCAGCCUUCAAUCUUUCUCGUGAUUCCAUCUCCAUUCCUUUGAUUUGACCAUCUUCUCUUCGGAUCAUCAUCCAUUAAAGAUACAAACCUGAUUUUCGUCCCUCUCUACCGUAUAAGGCUGUCUCAGGUUUGUUAACUUUUCUUCCACCAUGGCUAACAAAUCUCAAGAAGAGCCCAAGACUGCUCCUGAGCCUGAUCGGUGGUACAAUCUCACCCUUGGACCUUCCUUCAAAGAUGAAUCCUCUAACAAAUACUGCACUCUACGAUAUGAAUUUAAGCCAGCUUCAGUUGAUAAGACUAAGCCAGGGUUGCUACGCAAGACCAAAGAGAACAGGGUUUCUGUGGAAUUUCAGAACAACCAAAUAGGAAAGCCCAAGGUGACAUUUGAGGGGAAUAGUGAGGAAUAUAAGGAAAAUGAUGCUGUAUUGUUCUUUGAUGGUGAGACACUUCGAUUGGAGCGGCUUCAUAGGGCAGUAAAGCAACUGCGGCAUCUACGAAUGCCAGGUGAAUCUGCAGGUGCUGCAUCUACAGUUGUGGCUGCUCCAUCUGGACCCGCUUUAGAUCCUCGAUCAUCCCCUGUUGGGAAGUCUGUAAAACCUGCACCUCUUGGCAGGAGCUCAUUUCUGGCUGUGCCAGUUGAAGUGGAACGCAUUGAUAUUGGUGAACCCGAGAAUACUGGAAUCAAAUCUGGUUCUAAGAUGUCAUUUGAUCAUCUAAAUGAACUGCCCAUUAAUACCUCACCAGAUGCUAAAAAUGAAGUCGAGGAACAUCAAGAUAUAGAUAUUCAUGACCUUUUUGGCAGCGAAACACCUGAGGAUGACCAUAAUGUUGAAGAAAAAGAUAAUGUUGGAUUUGACAUGAAUGUUCCACACACUGAUGAUGAGAUUGCUGAUGUGGAUGAUAGUGGUGAUGAGGUGGACAAAGGACCCAAUGCUGCAGAAGCUCUCGGAGACCAGGUGAAUGCAGACGGGAGGGAUGAGCAGACAUCUACAUCUAGCAGUAGUAGUGGUAGUAGCAGUAGUGAAAGUGGAAGUGGAAGUGGUAGUGGGAGUAGCAGCAACAGUGAUAGUGAAGGCAGUGAUGAAGACUCGGUUCACUCAAUCUGAAGUUAUACAACUGUGGUUUCUUUCUUUUCCUUUUCUCAUUGGUCAAGCCUGGCUUAGAAGAAAUUUAUAAGCCAUCCUCAGUGUGCUGAGGGUUAUAAAUAAUGUGCUAUAUUUUAUGUGUAUAUUAAUCGGCUUUAAAUAGUUUUGCGUUUUCAUUAAAGCAUGUGAAGCAAUUUUUAACUAGCCUAACUUGGCAACUUUCCAUGGGUGAAAAACUUGCUAGCUGGAGGUUCAUCUUUAGGAGACGAAAUGGAUUUGAAUUCUUUAA